UUCCUCCCACCCAUCCGCAUGAUGCGGCUAAGAUAGAUGAUGCAUCAGGAGUCGUGCGCACAAAUCUUGGCAGCCGAUGACGUACGUCCGGCCGACGGGGCCCAGCCAGUUCGCCAGCUGCGUGCGUGUCCAGAAAUUCGAGAAAGCGCGAGAAGACGGAAAGGGGUGGGGAGGCCAACUGGAUACCACAAACGCGCUCGGUGGCCGCUCUCCACCUCCAAAUCGGCCUGCGGAUAUUCCGUGGUUCAUAUCUCAACCCCUCCUCCCUAUCAGGAAGGCACCUCGCAGUGUUGGGGUAGCCCUGACUUCAUCCACUUCAAGCCCACUCCCCCCUUCUCCUCCUCUAAGCUAAAACGGGGGUAUAGCAUGGCAUGCUUAAAGACCAGUGUUAUAAGGAAGCUGGAUUCUGGACAUUGUUCUGUUAUUCCAAGUUAUGUCUCAUCUGAUGGACUAUGGCCACAAAGGUUAGCUUACAAACAUUGUGCUUCUGUAAGUUCUGCACAACAAUGUAAGUUCAUUAGUGUGAUAUAUCCCACUCACCCACUGUUCCGGAGACAUUCAUCUUGGAGAGUCUUAGCUGCACCUAUUAGCUUGGAUGAAGAGCCUUCCUCAUUGUCGGAGGGAGAGAACUUCGAUGGUACCAGUGAAAUUGUUUCAAAAGAUGCAUCUGAAAUGCUCCUUCCACAAAAAUUGAAGUCUGAUGAGGUUUCAUUGCAGUUAAAAUCACUGCUAUCUGAUGCUGAAAGGCAGAAACUUACAAGGAAACUCAGCGAAGCUAAUCAAUAUAACAGAUUUCUCAAACGACAGUCGCAAAUAAAAGAGGAUGCACUGGUCAAGUUCAAAAGUGAACUUGCUGUCUUGGAACUUGAACUUCAGGCUUUGGUCGGCCUGGCAGAAGAGGUAGCUAAUUCUGGAGUCCAACUUGGUUCGAGAAAGAUUAAUGGAAAAUAUAUCCAAUCCCAUCUUCUCUCUAGAUUGGAAGCUGUCCAUGAAAAAGUAAAGGAACAGAUAAAGGAUGUUGAUUUGUUGAAGUUUGAGGAAAUUACCUUGUUCUGGAUUGGCAUGGCUGAGAGUGUGCAAGUAAUGGGCUCGUUCGAUGGUUGGACUCAAGGAGAGGAGAUGUCACCAGAAUAUUCUGGUGAUUAUGCCAGAUUUUCCACUACCCUGAAACUUAGACCUGGCAGGUACGAGAUCAAGUUCUUGGUGAACGGAGAGUGGCAGUUAUCACCAGAACUUCCAACAGUUGGUGAGGGUAUGAUGCAAAACAAUUUGUUAGUUGUGGAAUAAGUGCAAUGUUGGUACAAAAUUACCAAAUAAUCCUCAAUUUUGCAUGUACCAUGGAAGGGCUGUUGGUAAAAAGCACAUCAGGUGAGUGCUAAGUCAUAUUGUUCCCAUGCUGUAAAUAUACUGCUAGGAUCAUGUCACGUAUUACCAGAUAUGCAGUGAAUCUGUACUUCAAAUUUACUAUGGACUUUGAUGCUAUAAAUGUGUGUUUUUUUCCUCCCUCCA